AUGCGCGCCUCCAUCGACAUUGACAUGAUGAGAUCCGACGAUCGGUCUACAAGGGCGGGCAGUGUGCUCUCGGGCAUGUCGAUUGAAGACAUGGAGGCUGCCGAGACCCUCAACAAUCUCUCUCAGAAAUACCAUUCUCCGAGGCAAUCCCAACAGCAGCAGCGGCAGCCACAACCUCCCACACUCGUACAGUCUCACACCACCUUCGACUCCGACCAGCCUGAACCCCUCCUUCGACUGUUCACAAGCCAAUAUCCCUGGACAAGGCCUCUGAUCAACGGCUCUUUGUCCGCCUACAAGACCACUCAAUCUUACAUUCCGGGCGCAGAAUGGACCGAGAGGAAUGUUGGUUUGCCGAUCGCAGGGACUGUGGCCAGAAUAUCGGGUGUUGAAGGGGGUCUGCGCUGGGCACUACAACCCAAGCGCGACGGAAGAUCCUCGAGUAAACCCUCCGAUGUUGAGAAGGGUUACUCGGACGUCGCCUCUGAUGGCACCAACCGAACCAGCUCCGAGAUGGGUUAUCCCGAUUCUCUACCUGCCUACAACCCGGGCGACCGCUCACCGCCUUACACUGAACAGCAGGCUCUUCUCAAACCCCAUGAUGAACGUCAGCCGCCACCGGGUUGGCGCCAACAACUCAUGGUCUCCACAAGUGGCCUGGGGAUCGCCAUGAGUGAAGAAUCCAUCCGAAGUCUACGAUACUGUCUCAGCUGGUUGCGCUGGGCUAACGGCCGACUCGGGGAAGCCAUUCAGAAUCUCAAGAACCUGCUUGAGAGAUGGGAUGAAGGAGUCACUCCGGGCGAGCAGCCGCCCACCAUGUCAGUGGCGAACAUGACUCAAACUCAAGAGGAGAGAAGACAGGCUGCUCUGUCUGCCCGCAUCGCUGCUUUGAAAGCUGAUGUCCUGCAAACACUCAAGCACGUGGUGGGCAUCGUCUCAAAUUACGCAGGCGGCGCAUUACCGCAGAAUGCACGAGAUCUGGUGCACAGACACCUGAUCAGUCUACCUCAACGCUUUAGCCUUGCGAACAGGGUAGGCGGUGAAGAGGACCCAGCCAAUGCCGCGGGAGCAGGGAGCUCCGAAGCGGUCAGAAGUGGAAGGAGAGUCAUGGUCUUGGCACAAGAAGGUUUGGAUAUGAUGACCCAAGUUAGCCGAGUUGUCAACGAUACCCUUGUCAGUGCAGAGGGCUGGUGUGAGAAGUUGGGGAGGAGGGUGGACCGGCAGCAGGAGCAACCUCCCCAGCUCGCCCUUGUUGACGAGAAGAUGGAGAUUGAGGAGAGCGCGGGCGGCAGCAUGGCUGAGAGAAGAAGCGAUACGCUCCCACCGAGUGAAGGUGGGAGGGCAGUCGAGGAUGUCAAGAUGACCAUGUAA